AGAAGGUUCUCAGAUGGAGGCUUACAUUGUUCUGCGAGAGGAGGAAUACCCCACUCUACUGAAUGAACUCCAGAAACAGCUGCCAGCGUCACUUAUGGCUUAUUAUCCAUUGAUGUUAUCUCAAAAGAGUCUACUCCCAAAAUUCAAGUUCAUCUUUGUCGAUGAAUGGCCAGAGUUUAAUUGCGUUUUAGAAGUGGAAAACUUGCCUGAAGACUUAUCCCCACAUCGAAUGUAUGGUUACUGUAGACGAGAAGAGUUCUGUGUUCAUCUAAAUCGCAUGAUUUGUCAACGCCUUCAGAAAUCAUCAUCCAGCAUAAAUCUUUUUGGGGGACCAAGGCGUAUGAAGGAGCUAUUAUCCGAUGAUGCAGAUACUCACAGUGCCUCAAAGAUUUCUGCCUUGGGUAGCUGUGGAUCUAAGAGGGUUCAAGAUACCAAACCUUCAUGGGUUGGAGGUUUUGAUGCAUUCAGAGUAUCCAAAAAUACCUUAAAGAAAAUUGAAGUUCCUAGAACUUUUACCGUCACAACAAUUAAGAGAGAAUACAUGGACUUGGUUCUAAGCCAAUGGCAGUACACAGGUAGUUAUAGUGAUGCAAAGGAAUUCUUCACACUUACAGCCACCUCUCUGGAAUCUGUGUGUAUCCUCAACGACUCAGGUGAACCUGUGGCUUGGGGUUUUGAACAACAUUACGGAGCUAUCGGCCUUAUUAAUGUAUUACCAGAUUACCGUAGGAAGAAACUCGGCAGUGCUGUUGUUUCUCUCCUGUCGGAAAAAAUUCUACAGAAACAUGACUUUGUGUACGCAGCUAUUGAGGCAGAAAACGCCAAGUCUAUUAUAUUGCAUAAAAAGGUUGGGUAUGAGAAAAUCGAUGUUUAUCCUGAAUGUAUCUUUACCUGGUGUUAUUACGAAAAUGGUAAGGAAAAAGCGGAUGAAUCUUUACAGUAAAUACACACACAUGUGUCUAAAAUUAAACCAUUGAAUUCUUAUUACAUAUACACCGAUACAAUAUUUUAGGGGAUGAUAUUACAGAAAUGUUAUAAACGUGUUUUUUAAAGUAUAUUUUGUCUAUGUGAAUUUAAGAUAUACAUCAUAGACAGCUGCUUUUUCAAUAAAAAUGAAACUCGUAGAUUUACUUACCUUGUCAUUGGUUAUUUGAAAAAUUAUUUGUUUAAAACAUUCUGAUUGUACACACAAGUACUCUGA